AUGCUUAUAUGCAUAUUAUGUGCACAAACUGGUUUACAACGUGGAAACUUUGUGGAUCAUAUUAACAAGGUUUGUCCAGAAUCAGUAGUUCAAUGUAAAGCUGCUGACAUUAAAUGUCCUUGGGAAGGACCACGUGGUGAAUUACAGAAUCAUAAUACGACAUGUAUUUUUGAACCAUUGCGACCAGUAUUAGCUUCACUGAUUGCUGAAAAUCGACAACUUAUCGAUCAUGUUCAACAACAUGACAAAGAAAUUAAGGAACUGACACAAAAGAUGUAUCAGUUACAAAAGCCAGCGACAAAUGAACCGAACGAUGAAAGUGACGCUUCAUCAGUUUCAGAUUCACCCGUUGAUGAUACCAAUCACAAUGCAGAAGAUGCCAUAUUUAUCAGAAAUUUACCUGCUAUCGUCCAACUUAACGAUAUAUUUGAUCUAUUUUCAAAACACAAUCCAAAUAAUCAGAAAACUGAAAUAUCUAUUUUUAAACGUCCAAAAAAGAAGAACGGCUGGUGUAACGCAAAAGUAACCUAUGUCAACAAGGAAUCGGCCGCUGCUGCAGUUGCAGAAUACAAUGGUAAACAUAUUCCACAAUGGGAUACACAUCUUCAAGUAAAUAUAUAUCAUCCAAAGGGAAAUAACUUGAAUGCUUCUGGAAUAGACAGUAAUCAAGGAAACAUUCAUGACUGCCAAGAAGCUAAAGCGAUGGAAAACCGUAAAGAAUUUUCAAACAAAGAUGAAAAGGUUUCCCCCAUAGUUUAUCUACCAGAACCACAACCCGAAGACAGUCAGGCAACAGCGAAGAAGAAAAAAAGAUCACGUCCACGUUACGCUCCUCACGUUGACAAACCAACAAGUUAA